CAUCACCAUAAAGACAAUUAAUUAUUACAAUAACCGUACGGAUAAUGUUAAUCAAUGACAUCAAACCCUCAACAAUUAGUUUAACAUUGAGUUUAAAUGUAAUUAAAACAAGUCAAUACCGUUAAUCAUGUUUAGUUUUACCUUUUACAACAAUCAAUAUGUUGGUGAUGAUAAUGGUGGAAACAAAUUGUUACUAAUAAUUAACAAUCUCUCACUAUUAAUGAUAAUGGUUCGCAGUGAACCCUAACUGUUUAACGAUAACCGUAACAAUCAGUGAGAAUCAAACGAGAAAAUUAAGAUUAGCACCCGAAAGAUUGUCUAACUCCUUCUUUAUCAUCCUUAUCUUCAUAAUAAUCAUCAUCAUCUUUCAUUAUUUAUCUUUUUUUUUCACCAAAAAGUUUAUCAAAGUUUUCAAUCAAAGGCCUUUCUUUUAAUCCAUAUUGUCAACAAUCAGUAAAAUCUUUGAUCAAUUGUGCCCAUUGAGGUCAAAAGUUUAUACACAAUUUAAUUAGUUGAUUAGUUAAUUGUUCUCGUUUUGAUGAUGUUAUCAAUGGAAUCAAUUAUUGAGGCUUAUACCUGGAAUAUUGAUCCAGUUACCAAAUAUUUCUCAUUUUAUCAAGGAUUUCCCGUUUUCUCAGUAUUAAUUGUAAUCAGUUCCCUAAUUGCGACUAAAUUGUUACUUCCACUUUGGAUGUCAACCCAAUCAACAUCCUACGAUACUCGACCUGGAAUGUUCAUGAUAAACGGGAUCGAUUUCGGGAUAUCUGUUUGUGGUUCCUUGUUGAUCUAUUUCUCAUCACCGACUCCAGCGGUGGGUUUUAACUGUGUCCCACUUUCAGCGACUGAUUUCCGUCACAUUGCCUAUCGAUAUGCAGGCAUUGCCUACUUUUUUGUCCUUCUAACUGGCCUGGGUCGACCCAUGCUUCGGGUCCUUCGCCAUCAGUCCAAAGGUGUUAACGCUUUAACCGUUCAGUCCAUUUUUUUACCCUUCUACAUUUACUAUAUCCUCUUCUGGGAAUGUACCGAGGCCGCUCUUUUCUUACCCUUUGUUGAAACCGCUGUCGGCUCACUGAGAGCGGGAUAUUUCAUCCUAACCAUUUCAACCGAUAAUAACCCGACAAAAUAUUCCAACUUCCGUCGAAUUGUUGUCACCGCUCAAAUCUUCAAGGGUUUCGCCCUAAUCGCUCAUGUGACCGCUCUCUUUUUCCACCCUACCUGUUCAAACUACCAUGGUAUCAAGACACUUGAAACAAUCUAUGGAUUAGGUCACAUCUAUUAUGGAUUAGCUAAUCUAAGAAAUCAGGUUAAUCCAGUAGAAAGUAAAAAAGUUUUGUAAUCAAAGAAAAAAAAGUUAAUUGUUAUCGUUUCAUUUUCUGUAAUAAAAGUUUCAUUUUGUUUUGUAUCAAAUUAAACUAAUCAAAAUACGAAAAUUAAUUCUGUCAAUUCAUGAUUCCAAUUGGA